UAUCUUUCUAAACCUGACUCACUGGUUCAUCUUCCCCAAAUUCACAAUUCUGGAGAGAGAAAAAAAUGGAUGAAGAUAGAGUUUCAGAGAAAUGGUACCAAGGACUAAGAGGCUACUGGAAAAGAAAAAACUACGAGAAGCUCAACGGGUCGUCGCGACGGCGGCGGAGGCUGGCCCAGGUGGAGCUGGGGUCGACCCGGAACAACCGGAGGCGCUUCUGGCGGAUCAAGAUCUCACCCAAGCUCCGAUUCUUACGAAAACUUCCGUCGCCGAAGAAACUCCUCCUCCGCCUCCGUGAUGCCUACGUCAAUAUGAUGCUCGGAUUCGCUAAUUCCCGAGUUUUCACCACCAGCUACGGCGGAAGCGCCGCCGUGUGCGACGGCAUUCCGGGUUUCGGACAGCGGCCGGCGAAGGAAUACGACGAGAAGAUGAUCCUCGACAUCUAUAAAUCUAUGGUGGCGGCGCAGCGGCAGAUGGUCCACCACCCCGCCGCUGCCGGAUCGGAGCCGGAAACCGCUCAGUCCAAGUGAAAAAGAUAUGUUUUAAUCCGGAAGGUUUUUGGGUAGCUUUUCCAUUUUAGUGUUUGUUAUUUAAUAUAUAUAUUAAUUUUCAAUUAUAUUAUUUACCAAAGUUGAAAUUUGUUGAAUUGGAGAUGAACUUAGAAAUUAAAUUAGAUUGUUAAUAAAGGAAAGUCGGAAUUUCGUCUCAUCGAGUGUCCAAGCUGCUCAUCAAUUAAUUGUAAAAUGAUAUAGUUGAAAUGCAACCAAAUUCAAGCUUUUAAAAAAAA